CGGAAACGAGGCGGUUGGAAGUCCUAGUGGGCGGGCUGUGCUUUGGCGUGCGAUGGCGGAGCGAGUGGCCUACCGCUGCGUGGAGUGUAGUAGGGAAGCGGCGGAGCUCUACCGCGAUUACCGGCACGGCGUGCUCCGCAUCGCUGUCUGCGUGAGUCGGGCGGGAGCGGGCCUGGGGAGCGCGACUAUAGCGUUUGCGGCGGUGCUUUCAGCUAUUGCCUUAUGGCCUUAAGGUGCACCAGGAAAUCGUGCCAGAAACCUGUGGAUAAAUACAUUGAGUAUGAUCCUGUUAUCAUCUUGAUUAAUGCAAUUUUAUGUAAAGCACAAGCAUACAGACACAUUCUUUUCAAUACAAAGAUUAAUUUUCAUGGAAAGCUCUACAUAUUUUGUUUACUCUGUGAAGCUUAUCUCAGGUGGCUGCAACUCCAGGAUUCUAGCCAAAGUACAGAUCCUGAUGACUUAAUCAGAUAUGCCAAGGAAUGGGAUUUUUAUAGAAUGUUUGGUAUAGCUUCUUUAGAACAAACUUCGUUUUUGGUUGGCAUCUUUAUUGCCUUGUGGUGGAGGAGACCCAAGAUGCUAAAAAUGAAGUCUGACUUCAUUUUACUUCUCAAGGCACUACUGUUGUCCAGCUAUGGAAAGCUUUUGUUAAUUCCAGCUGUUAUUUGGGAACAUGACUACACGCCUUUGUGCCUUGUGUUCAUAAAAGUAUUUGUCUUGAUAUCAAACUCUCAGGCAAUUAGAGUUACGUUGAACUUGAACCGAGUGUUCCCUUGGUUGGCUAUUUUCUUUGGAUUAAUUUUGGAAAAUGGUGUGGUUUGUUUGGUCCAGAAAAUUGGAUGGGAUGUUUGAAAUGUCAGCUCAGACCUAAAGAAAUAUGGAUAGGGUGAUGAUCGUUUUCAAAUGAAGAGGGUCAUACAAUAUCCUGAGUUGGAAGGGGCCCACAGUCCAAUUCCUGGCUCCGCACAGCACUACCCAAAAUUCAAACCUUGUGUCUGAAAGUGUUGUCCAAAUGCUCCUUGAAUUCUGGCAGUCUGGGGCCGUUACCACUGCCCUGGGGAGCCUGUUCCAGUGCUCAACUUACUCUCUGUUGAAGAACCAUUUCUUAACACCCAACCUGACCUCGUGCUGAUGCAGUUCCAUGCUGCUCCCUUAGGUCCUGUUGCUGUCCCCAGAGAGAAAAAAUCAGCGCCUGCACCUCUGCUCCCCUUGUCUAAGCAAGAUCUCUGCCAACAGGUUCUGAAGACACUGUUUUUAUAGUGAUAAUGAAGAUGAUCAGUAAUAAAAAUUUUAGUAGGCAGUUUGAGGAUGAGCUAAAAGGAGAAGCAUUUGGAAGUUUGGCUGUUUAAUGUGAUAAGCAAUGAAACUUCAGCCUUAGCUUAUUUUUCUAUUAAAAAUGUGAACAUUUCACUAUCCUAGGAUCUUUAUAAAUCUGGCUAUAUAACUGACUGAAAUAAAAAAGGUAUGCUAAAAAAAAUUCAGCUCUGUUAGCAAUCAUUGCAUUUUGGCAGAAAGAGAGGGAUGAAUUGUUCCCUUAGGAGGAAGGAAAAGAAUCAGUGGAAAAAUGUAAAAGCCAAAAUUGAUAUUUCUGCAAAAACAGAUUUCAGGGAGAAAUGAACAUGUGCAAACAGAUUUUUUUUUAAUAGAAAAGGCAGCUUGAAACUGCAGAUUGAAACUAGAGUGGAAAAACUAAGUUCUGUUCUUUGGAUUGUUUAUAUAAACAUUCCAGAAUAAUAAAAUACCUAGUUCUAGAGUAAUCUCUAGGAAGUACAGUUUUAACUGGCUUUGAAUUGUAUAUUAUUUCAUAAAAAGUGAAAUGUAAGACUACUCAGCAAUGUUCUUUUAUGUAGUAGUAUUUCUUGAAAAAAGAGGCAAGAUUUGGAAAGUACUAAGAAGGCGACGCUUAUGAAAGUUCUGCACCAUUUUCCUUCAUGGGCAAGGAGAGUGAUAGAUGGCCCACAAAGGAACAGGCAGAAUUGAUUUUGUCAGGGCAGUAGUUAGGACACUGACCUACUCUUCUGGAGACCAGUUUCCAUUGUGUUUCAUCCAAUGUUUAAUUUUCCUUCAGUUCUGGAAGGCUGUACUGUCUACAGGUACCAUUUAGCUUGUUUAUUUUUCUCAGGUGCAGUCUCCUAUCUAUGUUUUGCAAAAUGCAUUAAUUAAAAUUUUGCAACAUCUUCCAAGUUAACUGUGAACAGGUUUAGAGUAGGUCUAGAUUAUGAUCACAAAAGACAUCACAGAUUAAAACCCUUGCAACUAUGCAGGCCAUGUUAAGUUACUGUGUUAGAAAAGCAAAGGAUUGCUAACUGUUUUUCAAUAGAUCAGAAGCCAACGCCAUAUAUGUACCACUUGUUAAAAUUGGCAUCUUUCUGAGCAUGUGAUGUGGCCAGAGAAAGCAAAAAAAUAAAAUAAAACCAUAAAAAAUAAAGUGCAACUCCAUUUAAGUACACAGGACAAGUCAACACCAAAACUGUUCCAGUAAGCACAUAGUUGUGAAGGUGUAUGAGGGAUCCACCUUGCUUUAGCAGCUUUGGCAAUCUGGUAUCUAGAACAUGCGUUGUUUUGCAUAAUUAGAUUUGGAGAGGUACUCCUCCCCCAUGAUCUUUUUAGAAGUACAUUGCUGAUGGUGCUUUGAAGAGCUUGUCUUCCUACACUGCCAGACACAUCAUUACAACAUAUGCUGCAGUUUGAGAAGGUGUGAUGGGAAAGUGCAGUAAAUAUUUUAUAAAAGCUUCAGGGAAACAAGUUUGGCCUGCUUUCAUUUUCUUCCUUCACCUUCUGCCCAUAGUGAAAGAGGGGAUGUUGUUCUGCUGCAGCAGAGAGGGUGACAAGAAUAUGCACUAGGAAAAUGCUGGUAUCUGCUGAGUUAAACCCCAUUUGUUAUUGUAACUCUCAUAUGGUAUUUUCCAGCUUCUUGUACAUACAAGGAAAAGAUUUUAUAUUACGUGUAAUGUAAAUCUCACCAAUUCAGAAGCAAAAUAUGUAAAUAAAAUGUAUAUAAAUUUGAAGGGAGCCAUUUUCUUAAAGUUUAUUUAGAAUUAAAAAUAUUUUGGGACACUUUCUGAGUUUUAUUUGGUAGACCUAAAAUGGAAACGAACACUUCCGAAGAAGUGCUUAUAUCUUCUGUCACGCAGGCUGAUAAUAUCUCAGCUAUGCACUCUGCAGUGCUAUCAGGAGCCACCAUUAUUCUUAUGCAACUUUGAGGAAGGAGAAAAAAUUAAUAGCUACACAGCCGUGGGCAAAAGUAGGUGUUGUACAAGCUUUCAGAGGCAUCAUUAUUAUCAAGUCAUGCAGGGCACUCUGCCUUGUGUGAUUUUAUGGUUACUAAUGUACCAGAGUUAAUGUGACAAGUGCACUAGUACUCCAUGAAUCUAGUAUGAACUUGAGGGCUUUCUCUGUGUCGGUCAUGUCUCUCUCACAUUUAUUCUUUUUUGUCUUUUGAUCUCAUCUUUCUUAAAUUUGUUCUUGUAAUGAAAUAGUCAUCUGUGCUAGAAAAUGUAUUAAAAAUAGGCUGCCCUUCCUACAUAUCUUAAUAUCAUUUCAUUAACUUGUAUGAAAAGAUUUACUUAGUUUAAAAAAAAAGAAAAAAAAGUAAAGGUCAGAGAAAUGAAAUGUUUUGCUCAGAGCCCAGUAGGAUAUCGUGUCUUGUAGGAUAAGGAAACAAGUCCAGAAUUCUGUCAGAUGAACUGUACAAAACAAACAGUGAUGUUAUUUAGAUUUGGGUUGUGCCAAGGCUUAGUGAUUAUCCAGUGAGAGCUGUGAACUUUAACUGGGUCCAUAGGUCAAGUAUUUAGAAAUUACUCUAUACAACAGUGGAGAACUGGAGUAAAAGUUAUGUAGUUAAAAGGAUGUAGAUGACAGGCAGAUUUGAGAAGAUCAUUAGAAAAAAAAGGGGGGGAGGAGGGGUUAGUCUUAAGAAAUAUUUAUGCAAGAAAAGAGUGAGCUAUUAUGGAUGUAGUAUAAAACAGUAUGAGUAUGUGAUUAAACAAACAAACAAACAUCAUACUCCUAAAUAUUUCUAAGAACGAACAUGAAGGAAGAAUAUUAUUUCUUGUAAAUAUUCUUGCCAUAUUCUAAGUGACAACACUGACAAAUGACAAAGGGUAUCUUCCAAACAGUAAAGCCAAUGACUUUCCCUAAAGAAGUUACUGAUAGCCUCAUUAUUUCAGAUUGCACUCCAUCCUUGUAAAUACACUUUUUCAAACUAAUUAUACAGAAAUUGAUAGAAUCGACUGUGGAAUGAAUGGAGAAUCUCUGCUGUUGCAUAGCCCUUCCUGUUCACAGCAAUAGUAUGUGUUGCCUUAGGUCUCUCUGGUGAGGAAAAGGCUACUACCCUUGUGACCUCAUUCAAACAUGAACAAGUGAGUCCUUUCUUACACAACCAGUCCUAUCUCCAGCACACAAGCUGCCGUUUGUUAUCCUAGUAUUCAUAAAACUGAAAGUAAAAUAUCCAUCUGCACUGGAAAACUAUUAGCAGCUGAUUUCUCUUAAAACAAGGAAGCUAUUGUUUUUCAGGAAUUUGCAUUUUUCCAAUCCAGUUCUCACCCAAGUAAGUAAUCAUAAGCACUGCAGUGCCAUCUGGAGUUUAAGAGUAAAGCGCUGUUGUUUCCAAAACUGGAAGGAACAUAAAAGCACUGUUAGUACAUAAUCUUUUAUUAUUUUUCAUUCUGUAAUAUCUCCAACCUUCUAAAUAAAAGUGUUACUCGUUUUCACUUUGGAGAAAUGCUUAAAUGAACUUAGUGAUCAAAAUCAGCCCACAAAAUAAUUGCUUCCUGACUUUGUAACAGAGUUAAUUCACAAUUUCACCAGGAAAGCUAGGAAAUGCAAAUUACUUUAGUAUGACACCUUAUUUAAGACAUAAAUGGUCGUGCAAACUGAUUUUUCAGAGUUAAAAAAAAAAA